CACUGGCGAAAACACUGGAGUGGUCGAGCAAAGGUUGGGCAAGACCGAGUCCUUUAAACACACCGUACGCGCCGAAGGGGGUUUUUGGGGGUGGAGAAAAAGUUAAUUAGUAAAUAAGCAAACGAGACCCUCGAAAACACCGAGGACAAGGUUUGCAGGAGGCCCUGGUCCCUAUAAGCCCUUCACCCCCGAGGCGAUGGAGCCCUCACCGGCUAAGGGGAAACAGCAGGGUCGCCUUCUGGUGUCCACCACCCUGGACGCAAAAGAUGAACUCGAGGAGCGGUUGGAGAGAUGUGUAGCGAUCACUACAUCCAUCACCACUGGGCUGUCGGAACGAGAAGCUAACGAUGCGCUCACUGCCCAUGUGUGUAAGGGUCCCCAGCAGCAUGAGGAAGUGUGUCUUGGCCUGUUCACUCUGCUGCUCACAGAGACUACGCAAGCACAGCGGUGCUACAGGGAUCUGACGCUGGUCAACCGUGAUGGCAUGAACGUCGUUCUCAUCAAGAUUAACCAGAUCCUCAUGGAGAAGUUCCUCAAACUGCAGGAAGUGUGUCGCACACAGUUGGUGUGGUUGGUGAGGGAGCUGGUGAAAAGUAGCGUCAUAGGAGCUGACGGAGUCCUCAUGACACUGAUGAAGCAGAUCGCUGGAGGUGACCUUUCCAAUAAAAACCUGUGGCUGGCAGAAAAUGUCCUGGACAUCUUAGUGGAGCAAAGGGAGUGGGUGUUGAAGAGCGGUAUGUUGGUGGCCAUGUCCGUGUACACGUACCUGCGGCUCAUCGUGGACCAUGGCACCACGAACCUUCUGCCCCUCCGCCAGAGAGAGGUGGACUUCUGCGUGGGUCUGCUGCGCGAGAGGUUCAUGGAGUGCUUUAUCAUUGGGAGGGAUCUGGUGAGGCUGUUGCAGAAUGUGGCUCGUAUUCCUGAGAUGGAGCUUCUGUGGAAAGACCUACUGCACAAUCCACAGAGCCUUAGCCCACAGUUUACUGGUUUAUUGCAGCUCCUCACCUCUCGUACAUCCCGUAAAUUCCUGGCCUGCCGCCUUACCCCUGAUAUGGAGACCAAGCUACUGUUCAUGACCUCUAGGGUGCGCUUUGGCCAGCAGAAACGCUACCAGGACUGGUUCCAGAGGCAGUAUCUGUCCACGGCCGAGAGCCAGUCUCUGCGCUGUGAUCUCAUCCGUUACAUCUGCGGCGUGGUGCACCCGUCCAACGAGGUCCUGAGCUCGGACAUCCUGCCCCGCUGGGCCAUCAUUGGCUGGCUACUGACCACCUGCACAUCUAAUGUGGCUGCGUCCAAUGCCAAACUGGCCUUGUUCUACGAUUGGCUGUUCUUCAACCCAGAGAAGGACAGCAUCAUGAACAUUGAGCCGGCCAUCUUGGUGAUGCACCAUUCAAUGAAGCCCCACCCUGCCAUCACUGCCACACUGCUGGACUUUAUGUGUCGAAUAAUCCCUCACUUUUUCCCACCACUGGAGGGUCAAGUGCGCCAAGGUGUCUUUAACUCCCUUAACUUCAUCAUGGAGAAGAGAGUCCUAGCUCAUCUGGCUCCGCUGUUCGACAACCCCAAGCUGGACCGAGAGUUGCGCUCUAUGCUGAGGGAGCGCUUCCCAGAGUUCUGCAGCUCACCAUCGCCCCCUACAGAAGUUAAAAUGGAAGAGUCUGUUCCCUUGGAGAUGGACAACCAUGUGCUGGACAAGGAGGAUGGUUGCUAUGAUAACACAGACGCCACCUUUAGCGAUGAUGAAGAGGAGUUAAACAGUAAGGGUAAAAAGCGUGAGUUCAGGUUCCAUCAGGUGAAGGAGACAUACGUGGAGGAGCCAGCAGAUAUAACCCCGUACGUGGACCAGCUGGACGAGAUGCUGAAGGAGAAAGUGUUACAGUUACAGAAGGGCAGCGACACAGAGGCGCAGUGUGAGGUCAUGCAGGAAAUAGUGGACUUAAUACUGGAGGAGGACUUUGACUCAGAGCAGAUGUCUGCUCUGGCUUCGUGUCUGGCCGAGCUGUUUAAGGGUCACUUCAGAGGAGAUGUACUACCUGAGGAAAUUACUGAAGAGUCCCUGGAGGAGUCUGUGUGUAAGCCGGUGUGUCUGAUCUUCAGGAACCUGUGUCAGAUGCAGGAGGAGAACAGUGGUUUCUCCGUGCUGCUGGACAUGCUUGCAGAGCUCUACCAGAAACAGCCCAAAAUUGGCUACCACCUCCUCUACUACCUCAAAGCCAGUAAAGCGGCGGCAGGGAAGAUGAGUCUGUACGAGUCAUUUGCUCAGGCUACAGCUCUGGGUGACCUGCACACCUGCCUUAUGAUGGAUAUGAAGGCAUGCCAAGAGGAUGAUGUGAGGCUGCUCUGUUAUCUCACACCCUCCAUCUAUUCAGAGUUCCCAGAUGAGACCCUGCGCAGUGGAGAGCUUCUAAAUAUGAUCGUGGCAGUCAUUGACUCCACACAGCUUCAAGAGCUGAUGUGUCAUGUAAUGAUGGGAAAUCUGGUGAUGUUCCGCAAAGACUCUGUGCUCAACAUUCUCAUUCAGUCCCUGGACUGGGAGACAUUUGAGCAGUAUAGUACAUGGCAGCUGUUCCUGGCUCACAGUAUCCCAUUGGAGACCAUCAUCCCAAUCCUACAGCACCUCAAAUACAAGGAGCAUCCAGAAGCUCUCUCCUGUUUAUUGCUGCAACUCCGCAGGGAGCAUCCCACUGAGGAGAUGGUGAAGAUGGUUCUGAGUCGGCCGUGUCACACAGAGGACCAGUUCACCACCAGCAUUUUGCGCCACUGGGCGGCCAAACACGACGACCUGCUGGGCGAGCACAUCAAGGCCCUGCUCAUCAAGAACAACAACAUGCCUCGCAAACGGCAGAGCUUGCGGAGUUCCAGCAGUAAAUUGGCCCAGCUGACCCUGGAGCAGAUGCUGGAGCAUUUGGACAGUCUGAGGCUGAGCCUGAGCAACACCAAGAACAACUUCUUUGCACAGACACCCAUCCUGCAGGCUCUACAGCAUGUCCAGGCCAGUUGUGAUGAAGCCCAUAAGAUGAGGUUCAGCGAUCUCUUCUCCUUGGCUGAGGAGUAUGAGGACUCGAGCAAGCCGCCCAAAUCUCGCCGCAAAGCUCCGGCCUCGUCACCGCGCUCACGCAAGGGAGCCGCCCCGCCUGCCAACAAUGAGGAGGACAGUGGAUCUAGCAGUGCAUCGGAGGAAGAGGACUCCAAACCUAAAGCCCCCAAGAGGAAAAGAAAAGGCUCAUCUGCAGUGGGCUCAGACAGUGAUUGAGAGGACACGCCCACACUGCAAGCCCCGCCCUUGGCGUCCCUACCAUCAUGCCCAUGCUUCUAUUGUGAUGUCACUGGAGAACCAACCACCUGCCAAUCAUCUGCUCUAACCACUCAGGGCAUCUGGCCCACGCAUCAGCGAGGAGGUGCCCUCAUUCUGAGACUCAAUGCCAUUGGCUGGAGCCAAGAGACAUGUCCCUCUUCUUCUCUCAGCACAAGACCCAUGGGCUGAUGUCAUCUGAGGGGACUUUGGUUGACUUUGAGGGGCAGGGCUCGGGGACGGGCUAAGCCCCAGGACCUUCCCUUCCUAGCUGAACAGACAGACGUCCAGAUAGAAUCACACACAGGAGUCAUACCUAGUGUACUGAGCUCAUCGACUCCUCAACUACUAUUGAGCACAAAUGCUGUGCUUGAAAGGAAACGAACAAACAAACAAAAAAAUUCUCCUCAACUGUAAAUAAUGAGUAAAACCCUGGGUCUUUGAGGUGAAGCAGAGGGGUAGUUUUAUAGCAUUCAUGGUCAAAGUUUGUGUUGGAAAUCAAAGAGCAAAAAAAAAGUACUCCACUUCUUGAGAAGACAUAUUUUAUCAUUUGAUGAUGAACAGUCAUUUUUCCCGUUGUCCCUUAUGAAUCCCUUUUUGUCCUGAAUGGAUAUUGGCCCACUGGAGCCAGGACAGGUUUUGCAGGGAGGACACUCCUCCUUGGUGAAUUUUUACUGUGUUUGCACUGCACACAGGUGCAGGAAUUGGACUGUAUAAAUGGAAGACUUCUGACAUGUUGACAGACUUUUUAAGAAAAUUGCUUUCUACUGACCUAUUUUCAUAAAAAAAAAAAGUCAUAACUAUGUUAAAGGAUUAUGUUAUUAAUAAAAAAAAGGCAGGAAACAA